CUGUUGUGAUUCGGCUGAAGAAAGAUGGCGUUUAUUAAAGAUGAGAAUGAAGACGUGAAGAUUGAAGAAACGUUCGGAGUGAAACUUGAAGAAACUGAGGAACACACAGACCCGAUGCCACUCGAAGAGGAUAGGGAAGUACUGAAUGAAAUGGAGGAGAGAGAUCAGGAUGAGAAACAUCAUGAUUCAACAACUGGAGAAAAACGGUUUAGUUGUUCACAGACUGAGAAAUAUUCCUCACAAAAAACAAACCAACAAACAGAAACUAUAAGCGAUUUCAUCUGCCCUCAUUGUGGAAAGAGUUUCACUAAAAAAGGAACCCUUAAAGCCCACAUGAACAUUCACACUGAAAAGAAGGCUUUCACCUGCCAACACUGUGGGAAGAGUUUCACUAGAAAGGGAACCCUUAAAGACCACAUGAACAUUCACACUGAAGAGAAGCCGUUCACCUGCCAACACUGUGGGAAGAGUUUCACUAGAAAAGGAAUCCUUAAAGCCCACAUGAACAUUCACACUGAAGAGAAGGCUUUCACCUGCCCUCAGUGUGGAAAGAGUUUCACUACGAAAGGAAUCCUUAAAGACCACAUGAUAGUUCACAGCAAAGAGAAGCCGUUCACCUGCCCUCAGUGUGGAAACAGUUUCAAUCAAAAAGGAAGCUUUAACAGGCACAUGAUAAUUCACACUGGAGAGAAGCCUUACAUCUGCAAACUGUGUGGAAAGAGUUUCAGAUUUACAGGAAAUCUUCAGAUGCAUAUAAGAGUUCACACUGAAGAGAAGCCUUUCACCUGCCCUCAGUGUGGAAAGAGUUUCAGAUACAAAGGAAACUUCCAGAUGCAUAUAAGAGUUCACACUGGAGAGAAGCCUUACACGUGUCUUCAGUGUGAAAUGUGUUUCACGUAUAAAAAGGAUCUGAAGCGUCAUUUGAAAACUCAUUCUGGAAUUGAGUGUUCCUCAAUCUGGCAAGAAGUUUAGAAAAAGAAGCAAUUUCAAUUUGUGCAUUCACCCUGGAAGAAGGAAAUUUAAGUCCCAAACCAUUGAAGAAAAAUGUCCAACUCUCUGUGUUUUCACUGUUAUACUGUAGGGGGUGCUAUGACGACAUCUGAGCAAGUACUGAAUCUCUGGAUCAAAACACAGGCGAAGAAGAAGGAGAAACAAGCGAAAGUAAAAUAACACGAUCAACAGCGUAGAAAUUGUCAUGACCUGGCUCUGAACCCAUGACGAAAAUAGAAGGACGCCGUUUUAAAGGACAACUCCGGCGCAAAAUGAACCUUUAGUCAAAUUACACAUUGUUACCUAGUCAACCGUUAUCUGAG